AUGGAUAAAUUAGAAAAUGCUGGUAUUUCAAAUUUCAUAGUUGGUCAAGAAUUAGUAAUAGAUAAACUAUUAUUUGAAAAAAAAUAUCUUAAUAAUCAAAGAAAAAAUAAAUUAAAAAAUGGUUGUAAACUAAACUAUUAUUUAAAUGAAAAAUUUAAUAUUUUUUUGGGUUAUGAUAAUUUUAUGAGAAUUGUCUUUAAAAAGAAAAAAAUAUUGAGAGAUGAUAAAUUGAAAAAAAAAGAAAAAGAAUACAAUAAACAUAGAAAAAUAAAUGAUCCAUGUUAUAAAGAUGAUAAAGAUAGCAAAGGAAAAUCAAAUAAAAUUAAUAAUUUAAUAGAAAAGGAUUUUUUACAUAAUAAUAAUAUUAUAGAUAAUAUUAUAGAUAAUAGUAAUAAACAAAUUAGUAAUGUAAAUACACAAGAAAAUAUCCAUUUAAUUGAAAAAGAUUAUGACAAGAUAAAAAAGGAGAAAAUGAAUGAAAAAAUUACUGAGAACAAAGAAUACAACUAUUCUAAAGAUAUAUCAAAUCUAAAAUACGAGGAAAAAUACAAUAUAACUAAUAAAAUAGAAAACCCCUUAACUUGUGAAAAAUCUCAAAUAUUAAAAGAAAAUUAUAACAAUAAAUUAGAAGUCAAUGAUAAUAAUUAUAUGAACAAACUGGAAGGAAAAGAUUAUAUAGAAUAUAAGUUACAUAACAAUAAUAAUGUUUUGAAAGAAAUAACAAAUGAAAGAAUUCUCUUUCAAUCUGAUAAUAUUCAAAAAAGUCUUAACAAUAAUUAUGUAAAUAAUGUAGACUUAAAAGAUGACAAUAAUGAAAUAUCUGAUGAUUUUCAGGAACUAUUAUCCCUUAGUUCAUCAUCUAGUUAUUCAGAUACAAGCGAUAUAUCUAACAUUUCUCCUGACUUGUUAUGUUUUGAAAAACAGUUUAAAUAUAUAUAUGAUAUGUAUAAGCAAAAUGAUAAAAAUGUAUUUUUGUUUUAUAACCCACCUGUGUGCAAAUGUAUCAACAAAAUAUUGAAAGAAAAAUAUUUUCGUAAAUUAAAUAUAAAAUAUCCAUGUCUUUUUAAUUGUUCAUUUAAUAAUGAUAAUAAAGAUAUAAUAAAAAUAGAAGGAAAUAAUGAAGAUAAUAAUAAAAAUGAGAAUAAACUACUUACAUAUAGUGAGAUAUCUUCUGAUGCUGUAGAAAUUAAAUUAUAUGCAAAAGCAUUUUUUGAAUUUUAUUUUUUUGAAAAAUAUUUUUAUUAUUGUAUGAAUAAUAAAAAUAUGUUAAACUCGUUUGAGAAUUUUAAUGAUAAUAUCAUAAAGGUAUAUAAAGAAGAAAAACAAGAAAGAGAAAUAGAUAAUGAAAUAGAAAAAAAGGAUGAAUAUGAAAAGAACAUACAUAAAAUAUAUGAAAAUGAUGAAGAAAAUUUAGAUCCACAAACAAGCAAAACUAAUAGUAAUAAAACUGAAAUUAAAAGUAUAUCUAAUUUUCCAUUUAACACAGAGGAAAUGUUGAAUUUAUAUUUUGAUAAAUGUUUAUAUAAAAUAAUUAAAAGAAAAUCAAAGAUAUGUGAUAAUAAUGCAUGUUGUGGUUUAUUAUAUAUACCAUAUAGCUACAUUGUUGUUAUAUUGAAUAGAAAAGUUGAAAAUUUAACUUAUGCUUGCAACAAUUUAAACAUUCCAUCAAAUACAGAUAUUUAUUAUAAUAACAAAAAAAAUGUAAUUACUGUUUGCACAAAAAAUUCUGAACACGAAUUUUUCUGCUAUUAUUGUUUAAAACAAAAUAGUCAUGUUAAAAAUAUUUUAAUUUAUGAUGUUUAUUUUGAAGGUUUUAUACCGUUUUUUAAACCAAUACUUAAUUUAAAAAAUAAAAAAAACCAAGAAAAAAUUUUCAAUUAUAUAAAUUAUAAUAAGAACAUAAAUUUAUCUAUUGUCUUUUUUUUAACUAAUUCCACAAAAUCAAAAAAAAAAAAUCUAAGUGAAUGCACAAGUUAUUAUAAGUCUAAAUGUAAUUCAAAUAUUAUAAAUGAAAAAAAAAAAAAAAAAAAAACUGAAGAAAAAAAAGAAAAAGAAAAAGGAAAUGAAAAAGAAAAAACUGAAGAAAAAAAAGGAAAAGAAAAAGAAAAUGAAAAAGAAAAAAUAGAAGAAAAAAAAAAAAUGAAAAAAAAAAGUGAUAAAGAAAUAAUGAAAGAAGAUUCUGGUGAAGAUUAUUAUGAUGAAGAAACUUUAAAAAAAAAAUAUGAUGAAAUAAAAAGUAUGAAGUUAAGAAUAUGUAAAAUAUAUAAUAUAAAUCAUCGAAAUGAAUAUAAAAGUGUUAAUUCUAAAAAAAUAUAUUCAAAUUUAAAUAAUGAAAAUGAAGAUGAUGACAUUGAAAAUUAUUUCUCCAACAUAUGUAAUGGUAAUGAAGUAAUUAAUAAUAUGAACAUAAAGAUGGUUGUUGAUAAAAUUAUAAAAAUUAUAAACAAAAAAGAUAAUAUUUGUAAUGAAAAAUGUAUAUACUACAAUUAUAAUAAUUGUACUAUGAAAAAUAAAGAUGUGCAAAUAUAUUUAUGUGAAUCAAUUAAUUCAUUUGGUUUUGAUCGACGUCCUUUAUGUGUCAAAAAAAGAGAAGUUAUUUUAUCAUCAUAUGUUCACUUUCACAAAAUUAUUAAUAAUUACUACAUAUAUAAAAAUAGUAAAUAUUUAGAUAAUAUAAUUAAGAACGAAUUAAAUGAGGAUGUUUUUAAAAAAGGAAUAAUGAAAAACCAAAUAUUAACAUUGGAUAGUAGUAUAGAAAAGUUACAAGAUAAUUGGUAUGAAAAUGAUUUAAGUAGCAUUUUAUUUAAAGACAAUAACGUUAUCUCAAAAAACAAUGAAAAUGAAAAUUUUAACAUUACUAAUCAUAAUAUUUGUUGUGAUAAGAAAGGAAUUAACUUGAAAUCAUUUUCAGAAGAAGAAAAAAAUAAAAAUAAAAAUAUAAACACAGAUCAUGUAUUUAAUGACACAUUUUUCAUUUUUAAUGAUAAUUCUGAUUUAUAUACAAAUGAAGAAUAUAAAAAAAAUAAAUUAGAAAAUUUAAAUAAAGUUAAUGAAAAUAAUAGAAAUAAAAAUAUACCAAAUCCAAAUAAUUAUAUAUGGGAUAAAAUAUGCACAAAUUUUAUGCAAAGUUUAUUUAAUAUAUAUGUUUGUUCUUAUUUAAUGAAACAAAAUAAUUAUAAUUUAUCAGAAAUAGAAAAAAAAAAAAAAAAAAUUUUUAAAGAAUUUCCAUACGAAAAGAAAUUAAGUAUUAUAAAAAAAUAUUACUAUUAUUUAUUUGAUAUUUAUAAAAAUAGAUUUAAUAUUAAUUUAAAUAAAAAAGAAGAAGAUACAAUACAUGAAAACAAUUGGAUAAACGAAGAUUCAUAUUUACUGAAUAAUAUAUCAAAAAAGAGAAAAAAUGAUGAAAAUAUUAUAAAUAAAAAUUCCUGUGAGAAAGAUGAAUGUAAUAAGAAAAUCACUAAUAAUAUUAAUAAUGAAAAUAAUGAUUCUCAUAAAAGUAAGAAAAUGAAAAAAGUAUAA